AUGGAUCUAUUCGAAAAGGCUGAGAGCGUCCGGCUUAGAAACCGGAAAGACAAGUACCUAAUAGCGAUGGAUGACAAAGAAUUGGUAUCACAAAGUUGGAAAGGAUCAAACAAUGAUGCAAUUUGGAGGGUGGAAUUUGUUGAGGGAAGACAAGACGCUCUUCGGCUUAAAAGUUAUUUCGGGAAAUACCUAACAGCUACAAACACACCAUUCAUUCCAGGUGUUUCUGGAAAAAAAGUCAUCCAAGCUGAUCUACCAGAAAAGAUCACAUAUCCAUCGGCCGAAUGGGAACCCAUAAGGGAUGGAUUUCAGUGUAUUUCUAGUUCUCUCAGCAUGGUAUUUGGGGCUGAAGCAUACAGAGAUAAGGUUAUUGAUGAAGACGCAUGGUUGACGGAAGAUUUUUAUGGCCCGUAUAUUUGGGCUUGUCAUGACCUGGAGAGAGUUGAUCUUGCACAAGAAAUUGAUAGGUUUAGCUUGGUUGUGCGGAACUUGGAUGCAGAUAUGAGUGCAAAGGUUGAUGAGUACGAGCAGGGAGUCAUAGCCAAUAGGCAUGUGCAAAAGCGAGCAGGUGGUUGA